UUAGUGCAACACGUAAUUUUCGCAAAGGAUUGUUGGGCUAUAUUUCGUUAGGCCGCCAUUUUCAUUGUUGUUGUUGGUUUCGAGAAAAGGCGAACUUUCACCUUGGUGACCAGCACUUGUAACUUGGCGACAAAUUCGAUCCCUUCCCCAGGAUAACAUUUAUUCACAUUUUAUAUAGGUCAUUGUAAUGGAAGAGAGUUCAUUUUCACAAACCUUUAUAGAUAACGAAAAUAAUUCAAACUCAAUGGAUGAUGUAAAACCAAUUGCUUUUCAUUUCACUGAUUAUGAUUCACAGAAUAUAUCUUCUUCAUCGAUUAUUACACCAGUUAGUUUGACAAAAGUAAAUCUUCAAAAAAAAAACAUAGCUAACAAUACCUCAACUUUAAUGCAACAUUCAAAUAAUACAUUGCAUCAAUCAUUAAAUAUAGAACAUCAUUUACUAGAUCAUACAACAACUACUUCUAGCGCAAAUUUUAUUCUCAAAACAAGCAAAAGUAAUGGCCAGCAAGCAUAUGUAACUAUUAAAGUGCCUCAAAAUUCUUCUAGUGGUAAAGAUGAGUGUCAUGUUAUACCAUUAAGCAUUCACUCUCUGAGAACAAAAGAUCUUUCUGCAGCUAAUGGUGGCAACUUGAUGCAACCUCACACAAAGUCAGAUGUUAAUGCUAAGAGCAAUACUAUUAUAAUGCAAAAAAUGAACAAUGUUCAAGGUUAUAGUGAAAGUCAAACCUAUGCGAAUCAAAACUCUCCCAUAAACAUGGGAAGUGGCUUUAAUUAUGGAAGCACGCACGACAACACUAUUUACUCUCAAACCUCAAAUAUGCCUACUUUUAUGGAAAGUUCUCAUGGUGUUUCUCAUAACCACUUAUACCAAGGUUAUUCUAAUCAACAAAAUCACCCUGGUUCAAUGUCUGUUGGUGUUAGUGCACAAGCGAUCGGUGUAGCACAUCAAGCUCAGUAUUUACAACCUGGACAGUCUGCAAAUCAAAGAGUGCCCAUCUCACACACUACACGAGCCUCACCUAUGACUGUACAGUGGUUAAUAGAAAACUAUGAAACAGCUGAUGGUGUCAGUCUGCCACGCAGUACUUUAUAUAGUCACUAUUUAAGGCAUUGUUCUGAAAGCAAAAUUGAUGCCGUUAAUGCAGCAAGCUUUGGAAAACUAAUACGAUCAGUUUUCCUUGGUUUAAAAACUAGAAGGCUUGGAACAAGAGGAAACUCAAAGUACCAUUACUACGGUAUACGAGUAAAACCCAAUUCGCCGUUGUCUCGGUUGACAGAUGACACGCAAGUUGCUUUACGUGCUCAGCCCGUAGCAUCUAAGAGAACUAUUGGUAGUGCAUCUUAUGAUCAAACAGGAGCACGUGUUGAAGCAACAUCUACAAAUAAUGAAGGAAUGACAGCAGCAUCGUACCAACAAUACCUUGGUGAUACUUCUGAGGGAUUACCUGAGGUUCCUGCUAUUGAUCUUACAGAGUCUCUUCCUGAGGGUGUCUCAAAACUAGACGUAACGUCGUUUGGUAAUUAUUAUAGAAGCCAUUGCGAGGCACUUCUUGAAGUCAUUUCUAAUCUGCAGUUUGAUUUAGUCGAAGCUUUGUGGCAAGCUUUUUACAGAAGUCCAGCUGCAGCUGAUAAAACUGAUAACGGUACUCUAGAAUCACAUGACUACAGCAUAUCAAAGACUAUGCUUAUAGUUUUGUGCAAAUAUAAGCCAAUGCAAGAGUUUAUUAAGGAGACAGAUUAUCUUCUAUAUCAGAAGCUGGUUACAUUGUUGGUUCCCGAUGUGCUUCGUGCAGUUCCAAGCACAUUGACUCAGGCAAUCAGAAACUUUGCGAAAAGUCUUGAAAAUAUGCUUAUUGGUAGUAUGUCAGAAAUGCCAAAAGAAAUUGUUAACAUAAAGGUUGCUGCCGCAAGUGCGUUUUCGCAAACGCUACGUAGGUACACAUCAUUAAAUCACUUGGCACAAGCUGCUCGAGCAGUAUUGCAAAAUCCCCAGCAAAUUAAUCAGAUGUGGUCUGAUCUAAAUAAAGUUGACUUUAAUAAUGUUCAAGAACAAUCUUCUUGGGUAUGUCAAUGCGACGAAGCUCUCAUUCAGAAACUUGAAGAAGAUUUUAAACGAACACUUUCUCAACAGCAAUCACUUGAGGAAUGGGCUCAAUGGUUGGAAUCAGUUGUUAGCAUGGUACUUGAACAACACCAAGGCCGCGACUCUUAUCCAAAAGCAGCGAGACAAUUUCUUUUAAAUUGGUCUUUUUACUCAUCUAUGAUCAUUCGCGAUCUUACUCUUCGUAGUGCCGCAAGCUUUGGAUCUUUUCAUCUUAUUCGGCUUCUUUACGAUGAAUACAUGUUUUAUUUAAUAGAGAACAAGGUUGCCGCUCAUACUGGAAAGUCGCCGUUGUCUGUAAUGGCAGAAUGUGUUAACAAUUCAAUGCUUCAUAGCUUCAACGAUGACGAUGACGAUGGGGAAAGUUCUAACGACGAGGGAAGCGCGUCUCCGCCACACGCUCAAAGCAGAUCUGUCGAUUUAUCAGAAUCAAUUUUGUCUCAAACGUUAGUCCGCAACGAUGAACCUCCGUUAAAACGUACAAAGUAGCAUAGAUUGAAUUUUCGUUUUUUAGUCAUCAUUUUUAAAAUUGAAAUGUCAUUCGCAUUUUUUGCGGAUCCGAAGUGUUUCAAUGCAAAAUUGUUUUACAUUUUAUGAAUGUUUUCCAUGUUGAGAUUUAAAUUCAUUAAAAUAACCUAUAUCUAAUAACAAUUGUUUCGUAAUGUGAAUAAGACCAUGCGAUAAAAAUAACCAAAACGAAAAAUUAAAACCAAUGUAUUUGAAUUGCAUAUUAUACCCAAUUAAAUUUUCUUAAAGAUUUA